CUUUGACAGCUCAGACCUUAAACCAAAAACAAAAUUGCUUGUGGUUUUUGUAAAUGUUGUAUUUGUUGUAGUACUGUCGCUACUUUAUUAAUUUACUUUGGUGUGAUCUAUCAAUCAAUUCGUUUAAUUGAUUUUAUUUAACAUCAGUUCGCUUUUGUGGUAUAUAUUUUAAUUAAAGACAUAACCCUCCUUUUCAUCCAGUAAAGUAACACUAUUUUGAUAUUAAAAAGGAUUUAGUGGCUUAAAUACCUAGAAUGGCAUCAAGUUCAACACUACCAGUUGCACAAAAAUGGGCUUACAAAGAGCAGAAAAUGGAAAAAGUUAAUUAUGUGUGGACCAAAAAUAUUUUUACGGAUUAUUUUCAUGAUAGAAAUUUUUCGGAUUCCCCAGUAUUCUCUGCCGAUGGUAAUAAAACUGUAUGGCAAUUGCGUCUUGGAAAUCAUGAAGUUUAUCGGGGCAUGUUUUUCAUAAAUAUUUUUUUAAAAUUCGCUCAAGAAAAGGAAGUUACAGCCAUAUUUAAAUAUUCUGUUGUAAAUGGUAAGCAUGAAAAAUUAAAUCUUGAUUCACGAGAGGCACAUCGGAUUGAAAAAGGUAAUUUUUCGAAAGCCCCAUUCCUUAUUCCCAGCGAUUUUCUUUUUAAAAAUCAGUUACAUGUAGAAAAAAUAACAAUAUUCUGCGACAUAUUCGAUGUUGGCGACUGUGUUAAUACUUCAGGUCAACCAAGUAUUGAAGUGGCCGAUUCCAAAUUAAGCGAAGAUUUUUCCAAACUCUUAGAUGAUGAGAAAUUUACUGAUGUAACAUUAGUCGUAGAUGGACAUGAAUGUCGGGCUCAUAAAGCUAUAUUGGCUGCUCGAAGUGCUGUAUUUGCUGCCAUGUUUGAGCAUGAAUUCGAAGAGCGUAAAUCGAAUUGUGUUGAAAUAACGGAUAUUCAACCUGAGGUUUUGUGGGAAAUGCUAAGAUUUAUAUAUACUGGCAAAGCGCCAAAUAUAAACAAACUGGCCAAAAAUCUCUUAAUAGCAGCUGAUAAAUACGCUUUGGAAAGGCUAAGUUUAAUGUGUGAGGAUGUGCUGAGCGUUAAUCUGAACAUUGAAACAGCUGCUGAAACUCUAAUAUUAGCAGAUCGUCAUAGUGCGAAACAAUUGAAAGCAAUUACUUUAGCAUUUAUAAAUAUGCAUGCCAUUGCUGUUAUGCAAACUCCAGAUUGGCAAAAAAUUAUCGAAACAAAUGCAUAUUUACUGGCUGAGGCAUUUCAAGUGUUUGCUGCACAACAUUGCCCGAAGAUUAAGCCAACCAGAACGGAAAAGUAAAAAGUUAAACUGAUAAUUUAUUAGCAAUACAAUCGACUAUAAAUAUGUAACUGCCAAAGCAAGUUAGUUUCCAUAUAUUUUUUUUAAAUAAGUUUUUGGAUAAAUUUUAAUUUGUAUUUGAUCCUUUUUUUUGUAAUCAUUAAAGUACCUAUUUGAAACAAAAAUAAUUUAUAAUAAUACAUUUUCUGAAUUUAAUUUUUAUUGAUCCUUUUUUUUUUGUAAUAAUAAAAGUAUUUGAAACAAAAAUAA